AUGAGUGAUACUUUAAAUAUGGUAAUUGACGAUUUUAGAAAGCCAAGGGGAAGAACCCACAGAUCUUCUCGAAGAGGUGGACGUGUUUCAACUUCACACGUCAGAGGUACUUUAACUCGCAAUGCUCGUCUUAGAAAUGCCCCUUACGAACGGCAGCGUCCUCCGAGAGGUGAUAUAAAUGGGCAAUGGUCUCACGAUCUAUUUGAGGAAAGUAGUUCCAACAAUCGCCGUUCUAUCGCUACUAGCUCUAGACGAAUUAUUUCUAAUCCUAAUGGAAAUAAUAAACUAGUCGUGGAAAAUUUAUUUUAUGAAGUAACUCAAGAAGAUCUUGAGGAAUUAUUUUCUGAAUGUGGUACUGUCAAGAAAGUUCAUAUACACUAUGAUCGUGCUGGACGAAGUACCGGUGUAGCUGAUGUUGUUUUUGAAGAACCUUCAGAGGCUGAAGCAGCUCUACGGAAAUACGAUGGAAAGACUCUGGAUGUUAUGGACCGUUUAGGUGGUGCACCAAUUAAGUCCGCUCGCGGAAAUAUUCGUGAAAGGCUAGGUAACGCUGCUCCACCUGCUCCGGCAUCUCGGGGUCGUGGUCGCGGACGUGGUCGAACUAACAACUCUUCACAAAAAUCAUCUAAUCGCAAGCCUGUCACGUACGAUGACCUUGACGCGGACUUAGAUGCUUAUAUGGCAAUUGAUGAUGGAUCAUCAGCUGCAGAAAAAAAAGGAAAAAGAACGUCAAGAGAUCAAGAUGUCAAAUAUGAUAUUUGUCAAGUUUCAAUUUUAAAUUUACAAAAUGAAGCAACAUAUUGUGAUCAACGAUUUUUAUAUAAUGGUUCUACAGGUAAUAUGGCAAACCACCUUCACGGAAAACAUAAUAUUCAUGAGAAAAUGAAUAAGCUUCAAGAUAAAUCUGUUCAAUUAACUCUACCACAAAUCUUAGAACGAUUUAAAAUAAAACCGCAUAAAGAAUCACGAAAUAAAAAAAUUAGGCAAGCCAUUACUGAAUGGAUUGUUGUUGAUAAUCUUCCAAUUAAUGUAAUUCAGGGUAAAUGCUAUCGAAAAAUGAUGACAAUUAUUGAUCCUGUAUUUCUAAUUCCUUCUAAUAAACGAAUUAAAAAGAAAAUUCAUAUUGGAUACACUAAUUCAAUUGAAGAAUUAAAGAUGCUACUUAAUUCUAAAUAUCAUUCCUGGCAUCAUUUAUUAAAAUUAUAUAAAGCUAUUGAAUGGCUAGCUGCUACUUUACCUUUAUCUGAAAAUUCUAAUGAUCUUGAUUUAUUAGAGCUAUUUGAUGAUGCAACUACUUAUUUUAGUAGAACAUCUUAUGCAACUUUAUCAAUUAUUUAUCCUUUAAUUCAAGUUCUUAAAUAUAAAUAU